ACUGCCCUGUUUCCGAAGCUCUUUUCUUAAGCUGCUCCCGGCGUGGUAGUUAAGAGAGACCACCAGCCUGUCCGCUUGGAUUCCAAAAACCGUGACGGCCACAAGUAGAGCAGUGGGUGCAAGCCCGGCCUUGGGGGGAGAUGUCUGUGGAAAAGCCCACCCUGAAGGUGUCCGCAAGUGUCUCGGGAGGCAUGGCUGGAAGCAGCUCCCGGUCAGCCAUGACGUUGCCCCCGGUGUUGGCAGGGGCGGGACCUCGGCGCGGCAGUAUGCCCCUGCCAAUCAAACACCAGCUGGUAAGGGCAUCAGCAGUGGACGAGCUGGAUUCUCCGCCGAGUUCCCCGGAGGUCAGCAGCCAUGGCGGUGCCAGUCCGGCCGGCGGGCGAGGCCCAUACAAAGUCAUGCUGCUGGGCGAGAGCGGAGUGGGCAAGACGACGUUGGCCGCCAUCUUCGGGGGCAUGAAAGGAGUCACCCACCAUGAAGAGGACCACAUAGAAGAUUCAUACGAAAGAAGAUUCUACGUAGAUGACGAAGAAGUUACCUUGACAUUGUACGACAUCUGGGAUCAGGGAGAUUCUGGAGGGUGGUUGCAAGAAUCCUGUCUCCAGACGGGCGAUGCUUUCCUGGUGGUCUUCUCGGUGACCGAUCGGCGCAGCUUCACCAGGGUGCCCCCAACCCUCUUGCGCCUACGGGCCGGGAGCCCUCGGACCGAUCCCCCCAUCAUCCUGGUGGGGAACAAGAGUGACCUGGCGCGUUCCCGGGAAGUCUCUCGAGAAGAAGGCCGCGGCUUGGCGGUGAUGAUGAACUGCAAACACAUCGAGACCUCAGCGGCCUUGCACCACAACACCGAGGAGCUCUUCGAAGGCGUCGUGCGCCAGAUCCGCCUCCGCCGUUGCCGAAGGGAGGGCGACUCCCUGAGCAAAGAGGGCGCCAUCGGCCGGCGCGAAAGCCUCACCAAGAAAGCCAAGCGGUUCCUCUCCAACUUGGUCCCCCGCAACGGACGCUUCUUCAAGCAGAGGUCCAAAUCCUGCAAUGACCUUUCGGUGCUAUGAGCACCUUCUCUCCGAGGAAAGACACAAACGCGCACCCGUGCUUCGCGCAUCCCCGGGUAGCGUCUUCCGCCGCCACUACAACACCGGAACAGGCCCGUCCUUAAGCAUGUGGCAGGAUGCUCAGACCUCUCUGAUCUGCUUUGAUGCCUAACGUCUCAAGCUUCACUUUUUUCGCACAGCACUGAAAUGUUGAGGAGGACCUUUGGGGGGGGGAAUUUUGAUGAGGGCUUUUGGGAGAGUGGAGGGUGGGGAGGUCCAGGGUUUGAAGACGGCCUCCGAUUCUGAAAUUGAGCCAAGACGGAAGAAACUGCUCACCUCCGAACUCAGCUGUAAAUCUCCUCCCCACCUGAAAAAAACCGUUCCACCCUUGCCAUCCUAGAAGGUCUCCUCUUUGAACAGGGGGGGGGUUAAACUAGAUGACCUCCGUGGUCCCUUCCAGCCCUAUGAUUCUAUGUUCUAUGAUAUGAUUAGUGUGUGUAUGGGGGGUGAUGGGGCGACAAAGGCAGGACCCCCACCAUAAUGUUGUAAAAGUGUCACGCGGGACUAAAUCUCUUGCUUAAAAGACUCAAGAGUUUUUCCUUGAUCUGCCUUCCUUCUCUCUCGCAAUUCUGCCUUCCUUUUAAAUAAUAAUAAUUGUAAUAAUAAUUGUCAAGCCUCCAGCUAGGAAAAAAGAAAAUCAAAAACCCCACUGCGCACCAUCUGCGUGUACAAACAAACAAGGAUAAUUUUCGCCGUACAGCUCUUGUCCCGUCCCAAAGUUUAAGAGAGCCGCAUUAUGGUGCCUUUUGUGCAGCCGCUCGCUUCCGCGCAACGCUCUGGGUGCCACACAAUUGCCAACCUCACCUCCACGAGGCCUUGCUCAAAGCCAUGGACCACGCUGGCCUAAACCUUCCGCCCUUCCGCGGGCGAGAACCGUCGCACCCUCGGCUGCUUGCCGAAUUUAUGGAAAAAUCUUUCUUUUUUUUUCAGCUCUGAAUUUCCACGUCGCGCAAGAGAGAGCGCCUUGACGGGCGCUUCCACGGGCCAGGUUCAAUUAGAACAUUGCGGCUUUGGCCACAACUUUUGCUUCUCCCCCCCCCACUUCUCGUUUUCCUUUAAGCGACGGUUUUACAACUUCGGUAGAGGAAAGUUGCCAUUUUCUAGGCCCGGUGCGCCAAGAGGCUAUUUUUGCAGUAAGAGGGCUUUUAAGCGUCUUGUCCUUUUCAAGAACCUCAAAUCGUUGCGUCCUUCUCGUUCAAAUCGCCAACGUUGAAUGGCAAAAAAAAAGAAAGAAUCCUUAUAUUAAUCCCGCUGUGCGUUCUCGAUUUCUCCUUUCAGACGGCUGAGCGGAAGGCAUUCUCCUUUAACUGAUAUCCUUUGACGAUGGGGAUGAUUGAGGAUAAGGAUAAUGUUUUAAUUUUGAUCGUGCCAGGCGUGUCAAGGAAGCAGCCUGGAUACGAAGCAGCUCUUAAAAAGGACUUUUAAAUCUGUGUAGAGGAUGUUGGUUCAGAUUCUGAAAAGAUUUGAGAUGUUAAGGAUGGAUCCAGAAUGGGUCGUCCACAGCGGAUUGUGUGUCCUUAUUUUCAAUUAAAGCCAUUUUCUACUA